AGAGCGAGAGAAAGAGAGAGAGAGAGAGAGUAGAGGGCAGAGAGGGAGACAGGAACAGAAAGUGAAGACAUGUCAAGAUGUCUGGGUGAGGGGGACCAGAACAGAGUAGAAGCCAUAUGCCAAAACAGAAGGAGCAGAAGUUUGAGCAGCUGACUGGAUCAGACAGGAGGGGAGAUCUGACCUGACACUUCACACGUGCCUACAGGUUCCGCAGAAUCGUCUGAAUUGGACCACCUCUCUGCAACUAAGACAAAAGCCAAAGGGCAGGAGGAUAAAAGGAUUCUGGAGAAGACGACAAAGAGCAAGAAAACACUUUGGUGAGGGCCAAGCAGCAUAAACAAACUUCACUUUUUUGUCCUGUAGCCAUAUUAGAAACAUCACAACUUGGAGAUUUCACAAUAAACCGAGCUGUAAACACAAUGAGCUUUUGGUCUUUUGGAUUUGUUUAAAGAACCCUUUGGCUUUGAAAACAACCUUGAGGGACACUUAAAGGAAAGAGGCUUCCUCCAUGUUUACAGUGUUACUUUUAAACAUCAACACAGGAUAACAUGGGCCUAUUAGGUACGUAGAGACACAGGCAUCAAAACUGGCUUGUGAAAGUUCAAGUCACCAGAAAUAGCUCAUCUGACAGCCGUUGGAUUUGUUGAUGAAGUUCAAAGCUGGAUUCUGAUGACAUACAAGGACUUUUAUCUUAAUUGAACACCGUAUCUUAAUCAUCUUGGUGUCUCCAGCAGCCUCAUAUGCACAUUUACUGGCUUUCAAACUUCAAAAACUCUCUAAAGGAUUUAUUAAAACUUUACAACCACCAGACAGACUCAAUUAAAAGGAGCCACCACUCUGUAUCUGAACGCCAUGGACGGAAAAACUGACAGCAUCCAGGAUUUUUUCAACCAACUGUGGAGCUUCGCCACAGAAAAACACAACCAGGGCGUCUACAACACGGUGUGCCUGAUCGUCCUCCUCGCUCUCCCCCUGCUCGUCCUCCUAACUACUCUGGUGGUGUGCUGUCACUGCUGCUGCUGUCGCUAUGCCAACAGAUGCUGUUGCUGCUGCUGCAGGGACACCAUGGCAACGGCAAGGUCAGAAACAAAGAAGAAGAAGAACUCGACAAAUAAUACUGAAGACCUGUGGAUCUCUGUUAAGACGGAGCCUAUGACACCUGACAGGGUAGCUCUGGCCAUGGUGUAGAAAGGAUGCCUUUGCUGUUUGUUUGGGAUUGCUGAUCCUGGGUCAGUUGGGCAGAGGAUGUGAUGGAGAGUUUCAAAGAUCUAAAACUAUUUUGGAAUCUAAGGAGGCUAAAGAACUUAUUUUAGCUGAUGGACUGCAUACUGGGACUUGUGAAUAACAGGUCAACAACAUGUAAACAAUGUACAGAAUCUUGUCACUUUUGUAUUCAUAUGGUGUCUUUAUGGACAAUGUUUACAACAUUUUGUAUACGUUUUUUAAUGUGUGGUACAUAAAGGGAGUAUUAUGCUAAAAGAGGCAUAGACAUACCUGUAAAUGUGUGUGUGUGUGUGUGUGUGUGUGUGUGUGUCGCGUGAGGGGCAUUAGGAAGGUGUGUGUGUGUUAGAGAGAGAGAGAAAGUACAGUGUUAUUGAGAGCACUUUGUUCUUACAGCUCCCAUGUGAAAUCCACAUGGUCUGUAUUUGGGAAAAAGAGCCAAUUUAAGUCGAGCCCAGCGUUCAGACGUCGCUGUAAUGGUGUCUACUCUUCACACUCUAGGCUGCUGAUUGACUCUCACUUUGUAAAGUUAAAGCCUCUAACUUCUGAAAAGUUUCACUUAUAGGACACAGAGAGAAACCUUUCUGCUCUUACUCUGCUUUUUUAGUAUUAGAAGUGUUAGCCACAGGAGAGGAACUUCACUUAGUUUUGAAUAUAUGAGAGCGUUUUACCAUUCAGGGGUAUAAUGACCUUUAAAGGCAAAAUUCUAAUUCCAUAAAGGGGAAAUAGAGUUUGAUGUUACUUCUUAAUAAAAUGACAGAUCUAAACAAAAUUAUAGAACAAUCAUAUUAAAGUUUGUUCCUUUAUCUAGGUCAGUUUUUAUGAAAUCUUUUGAUAUGAGUACAUUUUGUGCACUUUCUUCAAAUGCUCCAAUGAAGUCUGACAACUUUAAGAGGUGACCAUUUAUUUCUGCAACACAACAGACAAGGAUGUUUUUGAGGCGUCAUUUAGAAUAUAUUUGGUGAGACGGUUGUAGCCUAUUGUUUUGUAUCUGUGUUUGCAUUUAUCAGGGAUGCAAACAGCACAAAUGACGCUGGCACUGAUUAUGUUUGCAGUCACUUCUGUUUUCUUCAUUAUGUGCAUGUCAACAAAUAACAUCAGCAGAGUUUUGGUUAGUUUUUGAUUCCAUUUUAAGCAAUUUCCCAUAAUUUCAUCACAUGUACUGACAUAAGGUUAUUGUGGUUAAUUGUUAAUACCACAUGUAUGGAACGAUCUAGAUGAUUAGAAAUAAAAACAUUUAAUUCAUACUUUUUUUGUCAAAAAAGCACUGAGAAUUAUAAAGAUUUAUUUAAACAAAUACUGAGCAACGCUGAUAUCAAGUUCUUUUAUUUUUUUAUCUCAUGAGUUGUUAUUUUUGUUCUUGCUGUUUUUACCGCAAUAAGUCCCUGAGGUGAUGUUCCUGUAAGUGUAAUUCUCAGUAUCAGUAAUGCUGGUCUGGAAUUGUGAAGAAGCCUUUCAAUGACAUUCAAAAUACAUUCAUGAAUUAAUGUAGUCACAUAAAUAAGGUUUAAAGAAAGCAGAUUUGAAAUCAUUUAAAUUAAAAAAAAAAACCUGUUUUAUCAUGUUCAAGAAGGAAUGUGUUGUGCUUCAAGUGGAUUGAGUCUGAUUGCUGUUUUUUUUUAUUUCUAAGUAUAUGACAUCCCAAAGGCCAAUUAAGCAGAAGUGUCUCAGUAGUGUAUUCAUCUUUAUGCAUUAGCUUACACUGGCACUAAGUUGAGCAAGCUCAAGUGCUGCUGGGAAAACAGGCCCUGCUCAUUUCAUUACAGUGCAGACAGAUGCAUUCCCAUGUGGACAUUUGUGCUUGUCUCCUCUGUUUCAUGUUCAAAGAAAGAGAAACUCAACUUGUUGGGCUUAAUUUGAAAGCUUACCCUGCAAGAUAAGAAUCUCUGCUGCUAUGCAUGAUGACUAAUAAGUGCUAUUGCCUAAACUGAGAGGGUGCCAAGAAAUAACAUCUCUCGAGUCCCAGGGCUGGCUGAACAUGUCCUGUGGUUUGUUUUUUUAUUUGUAGGGGAGUUUUUUUGUGAAUUUGUUUACUGGAAGGAUAACCCACACUUGUUCUGAGGAUAAGUCUAAAAAUAAAAAUUGAAAUCUGAAUGGAAAG